UGUGCAUUUCUCAAGCAAUCUGACCAGUGCAACAAGUUUUUCCAUGAUCUAGUCAAGAGGAAUAACAAGCGAAAUGCAUUGGUAACUAUCACCAAAAUGUUUGGGGAUCAAACCACUAGCAUAUAUGAGGUUGCAGAGGAAUUCGUAUCACAUUUCAAGAGUGCACAAGAGGGGACUAGACGCUGCUGGACAGCAGCAUACAACUUGAUGGGCCGGUGCUUAUAGAGGUCCAACAACAAGGUUUGGUUGCUCCAAUUUCUUCCGAGGACAUAUGUGCAACCCUCUUCGACAUUGUCAACAUUCGAGCUCCGGAACCGGAUGGAUACGACCCAAAUUUCUUCAAGGUCUCUAAAGCUAUGGUUGGUUUUGAGGCUUUAUGGUGUGGAGAAAUUGCAAAGCUACAUUAGGAAUCACAUACGGUUAGCUGAACUAUUUGAACAACUUAUCGGCUAUGACUCAAGAUUUGAGGUUGUGACUCCUCGAACCUUCUCACUAGUAUGUUUUCGCCUUAUUCCUCCACAAAAUGAUCCAGAUAAUGGCUUUAAGUUGAAUCAAAGUCUAUUGAAUUCUGUCAAUGCAAGCGGCAAAAUCUUCAUGUCACAUACUGUUCUGUCGGGCAAGUUCAUCUUGCGUUUUGCAGUAGGAGCACCACUUACGGAAGACAAGCAUAUCACAAUGGCAUGGAAGGUGUUGCAGGAUCAGGCUACGUCGCUUCUAAAGGACUUAUAGGAGUUUAUCCGAUAUGUUUUCCUACUUAUUUGAUCAUUUCAAUCUAGAUAAUAGAUCCAAUUUGAUCAGCAUGCAAGUUCUGCAUUUCCUAACUCGUUUUGUAUGUUCGGACCAUUUUAAUUCUGACCCUACAAACCGAAUUGAAUUGGCCGGAAUUCUGGUUGUAAUUUUGCAACUGUUGUUAUGCUUAAAAGUCUACCAUCUGUAUCUCAAUUAAAUUACUCUUUUAAUUCU